GUGUGUCCGGAUAAACCGGUGUGGACUCCGCUUCGCGUGUUUGUGGAUGUUUUAUCUCCGAGGGGAAAACUUUCUGUCAUUAAAAUGUCAAAAGUCCAAAUGCUGAGAGCUCUGGCGAAUCAGAGACAAGCUGCUGCUGCAGAGGAGAUACUGGGGCUGUUUGAAAGAAGCAUAGCAGGGCUCAGAGACGCGUGUUCCUCCAGAGAGGACGGAGACGCACAACACAGGACCACAACGCUUCUCCCACUCAGAGCAGACGUCCAGCAGGUGAUUAUCGGUGAACAGCUUCCACCUGAGCAGCAGGAGUGGAGCCCCGGCGUGGAUCCAGAUCCCACGCGUAUUAAAGAGGAACAGGAGGAACUCUGGAGCCGGCAGGAGGGAGAGCAGCCUCAGGGGCCUGUGACGAGCGAAGGCGAUGCAGGGAGAGCUCAGUCCUCACAGCUUCGUCACAGACAAACUGAGCAGCAGGUAAAAGCUGAAGUCGAAGGAGAGGACGGUGAAGAAUCAGCAUCAGGCAGGAAGCUGAGACUGUUGGUGAAGCAGAGAUUGACCUCAGCUGUUGAAGACAUAUCUGGGCUGUUUGAAACAACAUUAGCAGAGUAUGAGAAAGAGAUUGAAGGGCUGCAUCAGCUGCUGCAGGAUACUGUGAAGCUUGAGGUCCAGAUUAACACAACAGAUGUUGCACAUCUGCUGACGAGAAAACAAGAGGUUCCCCCUGAGAAGCAUGAGUGGAGGACUGGUGUGGACCAGGAGGAUCCAGAGCCCCCACAGAUUAAAGAGGAACAGGAGGAACUCUGGAGCAGUCGGGAGGGAGAGCAGCUUCAAUCACCGGAGGGGGAUGAUACCAACAAGUUCCCAUUCACUGCUGUGCCUGUGAAAUGUGAAGAGGAUGAGGAGACAGCUCAGUCCUCACAGAUCCACCACAGACAAACUGAUGAACAGAUGGAAACAGGAGCUGACACAGAGGACUGUGGAGGAUCAGAGGGAGCCGGGAACUUUGGUUCAGCCACUGAUUUACUGCAAGAGUGUGAUGAGGAGACAUAUUCUUCUGUUCAUGACACUGAAAACAGUGAUGAUUCACAAGAGCUGAGUCAACCUCAGUCAGGCUCAGUAACUCUCCACCACAGUGAGGACACUGCAGGUCAGAAAGGUUGUUAUCCAGCAGAGAAACCCUGUGGAGGUAAAACAGCUGCUAACACACAGAACAUGGCAGCGGACGCAGGAGGGAAAGCUUUUAGUUGUUCACUCUGUGGAAAAGCUUUUGGUGAAAAAUCUGAUUUGAAGAGACACGUCCGUUUUCACACGGGGGAGAAACCGUUCAGUUGUAUCUUCUGUGAAAAGACCUUCACUGAAAAGGCAGAUUUGAAGAGACACAUGAGAGUCCAUACAGGGGAGAAACCCUUCGGCUGUCCCAUCUGCGGGAAAGGUUUCAGUGAAAAGACAGAUCUGACCAGACACAUUCGAGUCCACACGGGGGAGAAACCGUUCAGCUGCUCCGCGUGUGGGAAAAUAUUCAGCCAGAACGAGAACCUGCGCCGGCACGAACGAAUACACACAGGGGAAAAACCCUUCAGCUGUCCGCUUUGUACAAAGAAGUUUACCCACAGAGGAGCGCUGGUCGUACACAUGAGGAUUCACACAGGAGAGAAACCAUUUGGCUGCUCGGUCUGCGGGAAGAGGUACAGCGAAACAGGAAAUCUGAAGAAGCACAUGAGAGUUCACACGGGAGAGAAACCGUUCGACUGCACCGUUUGUGGAAGAAGAUUUAAUUAUCAGUCUCAGGUGAAAACCCAUAAGUGUUCUGCUGAGAGCAGCGUAACCAUGGCCCAUCACUCAUGAGGAGAAUGAAAUCUCUCCAGUCAGUGUUGUAGUUAGUGAUGCAGCCACGUCUGAAUCCUGCUGAACACAGUUUGUGUUAGUGCAGAUUACAGUAAGUUCUCAUAUAGUGGACAGGGCCUGUCAGGGACAGGACUUUAUGUCUGAUGUCCUUGUUUUAAUUGUACUAAGAAGCUGUUUCUGUGUUGCUUUGAUAAAAUCUGUAUAAUGUCCGUUUAUCUGUUGGUGUCCAAACCACUCUGCUGCUCUCACCUUCUCUUUUUAGCCAUAACAUUUUCAUAUUAAUGAAACUCAACACUUCCUGCACAGGUUGAAUCAUUCUGAAACAUCUGGACGAAGGCUUCCAGAAAAUAACCACCGGUUAGAAAUGACUGGAAUUACAGAAUGAAAAUACACUCUGUGGUGUCUGCUGGAACAAGAAGCAAACUAUAAAUACAAAAACAACUGAGACAGUACACUCUGAUAAUUCCACUCCUUCCACACAAGUCUUACAUGUCCUCUGUGUGACUGUGCUGGUGAUUUUAGUCAAACUGUUUACUGGGACUCCUCCCCACACAGGAGACAUAUACACAGUGUCUGAAGGCUGCUGAUGCAUGUCCGUCCACAGUAAAAGUGGUGACUGGUUGAGGCAUCACCUCUGUUGGGACAGUGGAGCCGCUGAGUGUCGACUGGACGUCGUGUGGAUUCUACCUAGUUUAGUCUGUCUCUACUUACCAGGUAGCUAAUGCUAACUAGCAGAGCGGCCGAUGGCUGGUGAUGGUAACAGCUGUGGCAAACUGAAGUGACGUAGUGUAGAAAGGCACACACGUGUCCCACAACUCACGCUGCGUGUCAGGACAAAGACCAGGCCACGAGCUCCAAGGAGCACCACAGAUAAACACCAAACCGCCAUGUUUCAUUUAAAACAAGGCAUCACAACAGAACUACACUUACAACUCUCAUCAAAAUAAUCGAACUUCUUUUUUAUUGCUGUUAAAAAAAACUUAAACAAUUGCUGCUCUGUGACUGUUAAAAAAAUAA